AAGUGUGAGAUUGAAAACGUGAAGCUUCAUAAGAAGACACCAUUCUCGUCUUCAUCAGAGUUCAUACAGUUGUUUCGAUUGCUCUAUCAAUCUCAAAACCCAAAUUCUCCAAUACCCAUCUCGUCUUCAAGAUCUGAUCCUAUUCACUUCAGUCAAUUCACCCUAAAUUUCGCAAAUUUCCAUCUUAAAUUGAGGUUUUUGAAACCCAAAAUGGACCAAAGACAAAAACCCAUAAGCAUUAUCGAUUCAAUCGGAGAAGAAAUAGUAAGAAUCAUCACACCAGUCUCGAUUUGUAUGCUCUUAGUAGUCCUCCUCGUCUCCAUCCUCAACAACGGUUCGUCUUCAACAUCAAUCAACACCAUAGCCACUAUAGCUUAUACAGAAAACAUCUCAGAUUCCAUUUGGGACAAAUUUCAGGGCGCAGUUCUAAACUCUCUGGUAUUCAUCGCAGUAGUAACAAUUGUUACUUUCGCCUUAGUCUUCCUUUUCUACCUUGGAUUCACUAAUUUCUUAAAAUACUACAUGGGUUUCUCUUCUUUCCUCGUUUUAGGAUUCAUGGGUGGAGAAAUCGCUCUAUUACUAAUCGAGGAUUUCAGCAUUCCAAUCGAUUCCUUUACUUUUCUGAUCAUUCUGUUUAAUUUCACUAUUGUCGGUGUUCUAGCUGUUUACAUGUCAAAAAUGGCAAUCUUUUUGACACAAGCUUAUUUAGUAGUAAUUGGAAUGGUGGUUGCUUAUAUGUUUACUAUGUUACCUGAAUGGACAACAUGGGUUCUUUUGAUUGCCAUGUCAUUAUAUGAUCUAGCUGCUGUUUUACUCCCUGUUGGUCCUUUAAGGCUGUUAGUUGAGUUAGCCAUUUCAAGAGAUGAAGAAAUCCCUGCAUUAGUUUACGAGGCCAGGCCUGUUACUCGCGAUGAUAGGAUUCCAGAAGAAGAAAUUGCGGUUAGGAGGAGAGUUUGGAGAGAUACAGCAACUGUGGAUAGUUCAAAUUCUUCGCCAGAGCUGUCUGUUGCUUUAAUGGAAGAAAGAACAGAUGAAUUGGGUAUAGAAGGAAUUGGGUUGGGUUCUUCUGGUGCUAUUAAGCUGGGAUUGGGUGAUUUUAUCUUUUACAGCGUUUUGGUUGGGAGAGCUGCUAUGUAUGAUUAUAUGACGGUUUAUGCUUGUUAUCUUGCGAUUGUGGCUGGUCUUGGUGUUACACUUAUGUUGCUUGCGGUUUAUCAGAAAGCUUUGCCUGCUUUACCCGUGUCUGUAAUGUUAGGUGUUUUGUUUUACCUUCUGACUCGGUUUUUGUUGGAAGUUUUCGUUGUUCAAUGUUCUUUGCAUCUUUUGAUGUUCUAAGUUUGCCUAGAAAGGUAACUGUUUAAGGUGAUUAAUAAUACACUUGUUUAUGUUGUAUC